AUGAGGCCGCCUACCCCACUCUCCACAACAGCACUGCAUCCCUCCACUUCCCCUACUGUUGUGAUCCCAUGAUGAAGCCAUUGCCGAUCGGAUGCCAGCUCAAACCUCAUCAUCUACUCCUCACCAACGACGUUUCCCACUCUCCUAUAAAUCACCAGACCCACCCUAUCUUUCUGCACCGUGAGCAGUCAUGAAGCCCCUCUACUCCAUCUUAGCUCUUCUCCUCGUCCUCUUCGCCUCUUCCUGCCUCCAAGUCACCAUGGCAGGCUCAGCGUUCUGCGAGUCCAAGUGCAAGGUGAGGUGCUCCAAGGCGAGCGUUCGGGACCGGUGCCUCAAGUACUGCGGGCUGUGCUGCGAGCAGUGCCGGUGCGUGCCAUCGGGAACGUACGGACACAAAGAUGAGUGCCCCUGUUACAGGGACAAGUACACAGGCAGUGGGAAGAGGAGGCGACCCAAGUGUCCUUGAUCGAACACCUUUGCGGCAUCUCCGUAUCUUUCGAUACUUCUCUGCCUCUCCUCCUGCCAAAGGUAUUUUGGCUAUAGUGGAUGGAUUAUGAUGAGAUAUACGUAUAUACGGAUAUGUUGUGUGUGCGUUUAUAUAUACAUAAAAAAGAGAGUGAUAUGUUGUCCAUAUAUUUCAUAUAAAUAAAUAUUAAAAAAAGCUUUCCACAA